AUGAUCGAUAAACUAUGCUAUCUUGCAGGUAGUAUAAUAAAUGCCAUUGUUCUUAAAACUACUUUAGAAUAUGAGAGGGAAAAGUUCAAAGAUAUUUAUCUGAGCUUGAAGGACGGAAAUGGAUCAAUAUCAUCAAAAGAACUUGGUGUUGCAAUGAGAUCACUUGGACAAAAUCCAACAGAACAAGAAUUACUAGAUAUGGUCAAUGAAGUAGAUAUUGAUGGUAGUGGUACUAUUGAUUUUCCAGAAUUCUGCCAUAUGAUGAAACGAAUGAGUAAGGAAAAUGACAGCGAAAUGAUAAGAGAAGCAUUUCGGGUAUUCGAUCGCGAUGGUAAUGGAUAUAUUACAGCUGAAGAAUUUCGAUAUUUCAUGACUCACAUGGGCGAACAAUUCAGUGAUCAAGAAGUAGAUGAAAUUAUGGCUGAAGUUGAUAUUGAUGGAGAUGGACAGAUCAAUUAUGAAGAAUUCGUGAAGAUGAUGACAACUUAG